CUUGCGUAUAUUUACCAAAAUCCCAGUAAAUACACGUUUGGGACACGUUUGAGCUUUUAUUUUGAAAUAGCGCUACUUGACCGGAAGAAGUUUUUUUUACUGGACUUUAGACGUCAGUCAGUCAGAUAAGUUAGAUGUAGUUUAUGCAGCGUUUUAGAGCACUUUUAUAUUGGUUUUAGUCUGAAGGUUGUUGUUGAAACUGCAGAGGUUAAUCCAGUUAACAGUCAUUUCAGUUUGCGUGGUGAUCUGAAUAGCUCAGUUACGUUUAGCCGCUAUGUUGACACGACAGGGAGGAUUAGCAGUGAAGUUAGCAGUGUCGAUACAAUUAACGGACUAGCCAGCUAGCUAACGAUAACACCCAGGCCAGGAGCCGACGACCACAACUGCUGUUAUCAGUCGUGUUUUUAUAUCAAGAAGAGUAUUUAUCUCCGUUGUGGUAGUCUUGCUGGGAUAAUUGUUAGCAGCAUUUUGGUGUGGCUAGCUGAGCGGAGUUAUCGUUCAUAGAGAUACAAAAACUACGCAACGUCGAGAUAAAACCUGGCUCAGCUUUCGCUUUUCAAAAUUGAUGUUUCCUGAUAAAAUGGAGUAACUGCGAAAUAAUCCAGCUGCUAUGGUGUCUGCAAUACCACUGCACCUGCCGAGUUGAACGACUGACAGAGAGACACCGGGUCCAGCAUGAAGGCCAUCGGAUCCAGACUGUCCUUCUGUGCGGGUUUCGCGGUGGGAACCCUCACUCUGUACGUGUUUCUGCGGCAGGUGUGGUUGGAGAAAAUUGUGUCAACCCAGCACGUUGAUAAAUUCCAUGACUAUCAGCAACAGCUUAAUGACGAAGAUAAGAAAGUAUGGAAGAAGGACAGGUCUGCUCUUUUUAACCUGAAACACCCUCAUCAUAAAGGCGAGGACAGCAGAAUGGCCGAUGAACUAUACAAAAAGGUCCGUAUUCUUUGCUGGGUGAUGACUGGACCCAAGAACCUGGAAAAGAAGACUCGUCACGUGAAGUCCACGUGGAGUCGGCACUGCAAUAUUGUGAUCUUCAUGAGCUCUGUGGAUGACCCUGACUUCCCCACAGUGGGCUUAAAUACAAAGGAGGGUCGGGACCAGCUGUACUGGAAAACGAUCAGGGCCUUCCAUUAUGCCUAUGAGCAUCAUGCACACGAGGCGGAUUGGUUCCUCAAGGCAGAUGAUGACACCUACGUAGUCGUGGACAACCUGCGGUGGAUUCUUGCGAACCACACGCCAGAAGAGCCAAUUUACUUUGGCCGAAGAUUCAAGCCCUACACAAAGCAGGGCUACAUGAGUGGAGGUGCGGGCUAUGUGUUGAGCAGAGAGGCACUGCGGCGAUAUGUGGAAGGAUUUAAUAGCAAAGUGUGCACUCACACUACCCCUGUAGAGGACCUGGCAAUGGGGCAGUGCAUGGAGAAAGUCGGGGUGCUGGCAGGGGACUCCAGAGACUCAUCACAUCGGGAGACAUUUCACCCAUUUGUCCCAGAGCAGCACCUCACUUCCAAGUUUCCUAAGAGCUUCUGGUAUUGGAGCUACUGCUACUACCCCAUCUCAGAGGGUCCAAACUGCUGCUCGGAUGUGUCCGUGUCUUUCCACUAUGUAAAUGCAUUACAUAUGUAUUUGAUGGAGUACUACACAUAUCACCUGCGUGCCUAUGGCUACAGAUAUCGUUACCAGCCCCCUACCCCGCGAGGAUACAGUAUUAAGGAGUCAAGUUUCCUGGAUGCUGCAGAAAGCAAGGAAGAACACAUUUCUAGGGAGAAAGUAAUAGUGGAGGGGGCCGAUCCAUCCAAUACUGACAAGAAACAGGAUGCAGAUCCUCCUCCUCCCGCUGUGGAACACCCUCCUGCUCCAGCAGGAAAAUAAGAGUAUGAAUGCGUGCGUGAAAGGAACUGAUCUUUUCAGGUCGGCGGACGUGGGUUCUGAAUGUUUCUUAAUCUUUGAUUAGAUUAAUACAGAGGUAGAAAGACAGUCCAUUUUGAUUUGAACUGUCCCCACAUUCGUAUGCGUUGCUGAAGGACUGCUCUAAUGUGAAUUGUGAACAAAAGACUGGUAUAGGGCUACGAGGUGGUUUAUGACUUUUUCUUUUCUUUUCGGGUGUAUUAGGUGUUUUUAACAUUUACUUUUUAAAUUGGGAAUAGCUGUCUUUUAAACUGCUUUUAUUUGGAAACGAACUAAAGCACUUUUUUAAACCGUGUGAAACUGGUAUGGGAACCAAGUAUUUUACAAAACCAGUUAAUUCAGAUGAACUGGACAAUCUGUUUUACCACUGUCUACAGCGAGACAGGUCUUCGUUUUGGGGUUGUUUGACUUAAUGCACUGUCGGCCUUUCAAGACAAUGAGACCCAAUUUUAUGUCUUAAGCGAACCAGACAGCAAGUAUCAAACAUAUUUAAUUACAUUUAAAUCAAAGUGCCUCACCGUGUACAAUCAUUCAAACAAGCCUUUUAGGUUUAGGAGUUUCUUUUGAAGUCACAGUUGGUUGCCUCCCAAACUUGUUUCAUGCUGCAUUCAUGUGUUAAAUGAACAGAACAAGUUAAACACAUUACACCCGUCCCAAAACCCCACAAACUAUAGAAACAAAGUAAAGCAGUUUAGUUCCUAUUUCUCUACGGCUAAUGGACAUACAUGAUUUGACCAUGACGUUUUAAAUGAAUGGUCCAAAAGACUAAAUGUAUACAGUCCAGCCAAAGAUUUCUCAGAGGGGGAUGACAUCAGACUGAAGGCAGGCUGGUCAAAAUGUGUCAUUUUGGGUAAUAAUGAAGUAAUAUCCGGGUGCCUCUUGUUUGUUUCUAACUGAUGUAUGUUCACUUUAUUUUAAACUUUCAUGAUGUGUGUCUGUUCCCGACCUUGUGUUAGUUUGACCUAAAUUCCAUCUGUGGUGAUAAGACACACCUGCACAGGGAAGCAGUUUGCCUUUCUUUAUCUUGAAAUGCACCCUUCUCCAAACAGCCUGUGUUGCACGCUUCCCUACCCAUGCUCCAUGAACCUGUCAGUGGAGACACACACUUCCCAGUUCCCUUCAUCUCUUAAAUGACUCAUCAGCUUGUGCCUUGUAAAUGUGGGAGUGUUUGAGCCGUCAGCUGCACACAUGACUCUGCACUGUGACUUUACCCUGAUGAGAGCGAUGCUUUCAGAUAGACUGUCGUUUUAUUGAAUCCUUCCAAAGUAAUAAGCAUGGCCUUAGUACAAGCCAGCGAUUACUCGUUCAACAAUGUUGUGAAUUUCUUUUUUUCAAUUUUGGGUUGACCAGAGCUUUUGUAUAUUUAAAACUAAUCACACCAAACAAAUAAUUACAUUGGCCGUGUGAUUAAGCAGUUACCAAAUACAGAAACUGGCUUUAGGAAUCAGGCAGGAUUCAGUGAUGAUUCAAGCAGAACACAAUUGUCAAUGUAUGAGAGAAUGAAAUGCACUUUUGAGUGUUUAUAAUUAUAAUUGCUGUUUUUGUUUUUAACCACUUAAACUUCUUGUAGUCCUUCACAGAUUAAGAUGUUUGAGGUAUUUAAUGCCUUUUGUUCGUGUUUACUCGCCUUCUGUACAUGAGCACACAGCAUGUUCAGUUUUCUUUUUUUUUAAAAGGACCUGUCCAGUUUAAACCAAAUCAACAAGGUACUCAAAAUGGAUCCUUUUGAAAUUAAUUUGAAAUAGAAUGAUAUUUGAGGACUUUGGUGCCCAAACCUCCACCUUUGGUUUCUGAUGCUAGUGAUACAACACUUUCAGUCCUUGACAAUCUACUCCCAACAUCUAAAUUGUAUCCGAGGGAAGGGUGUACAGAACUGUAUUUAUAUUUGAAAAGUAUUUAUGUUGCUAUUGGAGUCUUAAUUGAGUCGAUCCAGUUUAGUGUGUAAAUGGUUUUGUGUGAGUGUCAGCACAUGAGAUCAGUGUGAAGUAUCAUUGUCAAUCAAUGCUACUUUAAUCACUAUAAAUAAAUACAUAUUUUAUUGUA